AUGUCAACGGCUCUGAUUAACUCUCUCACCUACUACCUCUCCGAACAUCCAUACAUCGUCGGAUUCCGUUGGGGCCACAGCCAAUCAUGGGGCACCACGUGGUGUUUCCUCAUCACCUCCAUUUCCCUCUACAUCGUCGUCUCCUCCUCCCUCCACAUACUCCUCUCCGCCGUCCUCCGCCGUAGCCGCUCCGUUCCUUUGGGUCACUUCCCCGAGAUCCACAGCCUUCUCAUGUCAAUUCUCUCGGCCACUAUUUUCGCCGGAAUCCUCCUCUCCACCGCCGCAGAAAUCCGUGACACACGGUGGUUCUGGCGGCGGAGUAAAACCGCCACUCCUCUACAGUGGCUCCUCUGUUUCCCUCAAGGGACUCGUCCCUCGGGUCGGGUCUUCUUUUGGUCCUACGCUUUUUACCUCACACGCUUUCUCCACAUGUUCCGUACGAUCUUCGCCGUCUUCCGUCGUCGGAGACUCGCAGUGUCUCAGCUCUUUUGCAACUCCGCCAUGGCCUUCACGUCGUUCCUCUGGCUCGAAUUCUCGCAAUCGUACCAGAUUCUAGCCAUUCUAUCGACCACGCUGGUUUACUCGGUGGUUUACGGUUACAGAUUUUGGAUCGGAUUCGGUUUGCCCGGUUCGGCCUUUCCUUCGUUUGUCGUGAAUUGUCAGUUGGUUCUGGUGGGAUGUAAUCUCGUGUCUCACGCUGGGGUUCUUACGAUGCACCUCAUUAAAGGCGGAUGCAAUGGCAUCGGCGCGUGGGGUUUAAACUCUGUACUCAACGGUGCCAUUUUGUUGCUUUUUCUUAAUUUUUACGUGAGAAUGCACUCGUCGAUGCGACGCCGUAACAAUAACACAAAAUAA